UGUCCGUCAGUUUUCUUCAGCCGUUUGUCGUGUGUGGAUGUUCUUGUGCGCGUUGAAAGUGCAGAAGCGAAGAUUUUUGUGAAGAUUCGAAGCCACCAGAAUCUUUUUUUUUUGUCUUGUGUUGCGCUUCAUGAAGUUAAUCUUUUGUGGCCUCACCCGGACGGCAUGCAUUGCUCUCGACUCGACGUUGUUCCUCAAUUAUUCUGACGAAGAACAAAAAGUGGUCAUCAUCGACAAGAGCUGAGCCAAAUUGCCACCGAUGAAUGAGUAGUUUUGUGUUUCGCUUUUGGAAGUGCUCUGUAGACAAAAGUGUACACAGGUUCUAGUGGCCGAAGUUCAGAAUAGGUAUUACGCUGCAGGAAAUUUGUUGUUUGUCUUGGGCGCUUCUUGGUUCGAUGUGUGCGCGAAAUUCUGCGGCUGGCAGUUUGCUUUUCGUCAUUCGCGAGUAAUCGUUUGUCGUUCCGCGAGUGAAGAAGCUGGAAUCGGAAAUAAGGGGACAGAAGCACUUGAAGAAGGAGUACCCGAGCGUGAAAUGUCAAUAAAGCAAUAAAGCUGCUCGAUUAUCUGCUGCUGGUGACAAAAAGAAGAUCCCGGGUAAAUAAGAGGAAUAGACAGUGCUUUUGUUUCCCGGAGGGCAGGGAAAGGUGAUCCCGAGGAAUUGGGUCUACGACUGACGGGGCCCUUUCUUAAUCGACACGCAGGUCAUCGCUGGUGCAAUCAUUGCCGUCGACAGUUUUUAAUAUGCACAUAUAAUUAUACCUUUGCAUCGGAUUCAAAGCGUGGAACGCCACAAAACAGACAUAGCCAUCCAGCACCGCCCGGAGGGAAGCUCUGUUAGAGAAGUAAAACGGCCCACCGAUCGAACGGCCAAGCGAAACGCGUUCCUUUACGUAACAACCUGCGACUGUGUCGCAUUAUUAGCCGUCGAAAGUUAGAGGGAGAUACGGAGACCUCCUUCUCUAUAGGCCAGCAUCUAUCUAUCCACUACAACUGGACGCGUUGUCCGUGAAGACCUUGGCUUUUCGGCGUUUAUUAUUUGAGCCAGUUUCUCAACAACAAAAACCGCGACGACGAAAUCAGCGUGAAAUCAGCUGCUGGCUGCGUUGGCUGUUUGGUGGCGCAAAGAGGAGACACCAAAAACAGACAUCACAAAGACGAGAACUAAUCGAACCGAAUCAUGUCGAUAGAGGAUCGCUUCAAUGCGGCGGUGAACGUUAUUCGGGGGUUGCCGAAAAAUGGUCCGUAUCAGCCGAGCAAUGAUAUGCUGCUAACUUUCUACUCGCUUUUCAAGCAAGCGACCAAAGGAAAGUGCUGCGAACGGAGGCCGGCUUUCUGGGAUGUUGUCAGCAGAGCCAAAUGGGACGCGUGGAAUCGGUUGGGCGAAAUGCCAAAGGAAGUGGCUAUGCAGAAGUAUGUCGAUGAGUUGAAAAAGAUCGUUGAAACCAUGUCCUACACGGAGAACGUGGCUAAUUUCAUGGAGUACAGUACCAACGACCAGGACAGUGGCGUCAGUAUCAGCGACCUGGAGAUGGUGGCCCCAGAAGCCAUCCAGAAGGUUCGAUCCCGUCCAAACUCGCCGCUGGCAUCUCGCGACACCAGUCCGACUCGGGCAUCGCCUGCCUCUCUGUCCCCGAUCCCGACAGCUACUGCUUCCGUACAGCCUAUGGUCAAUGGAUACCAUCACACCAACGGUGCCGUAGUGAAACCAACUCCACUCACCAACGGUUACAACAGCUACCACUACCAGAAUGGAGCUCAGUCCGAUCUGAGCGAUGACGAGUACAUCGACACUGUGGACGACUCGGAGACUGAAUCCACGUUCCGGCCGAUCGAAAGCUCUUCUGUCCACAUGUCCCGUAGUCGGAUUUCGCAGGGCGAUCGGGAUCUGUACCACAGCGUCAAUACUACGGCUUCUAUGAACGGAGUCAGCGCGGAGGUAACGGCCCAGUUGACCAGAGCCAUCGAACGAUUGAACGCAAGUGUACAACAGGUCAACAACCGGAUUUCCGUGGUGGAACAAUCUGUGGCCGGUCUGCGCAAUGCCCACCAGCAGCAACAGGUGGUCCAACGUCUGACGGCAAAAACAUUCCCCCCAUGGUGGCCGUUUGAGGACAUCUCCCCGCGGUUGCUCGCCCUGAUCAUCCUGUGGCCUCUGGUGGUCAGCCGAAUGAGUGCCUGGCUGCAGCGAAGGAAAUGAACUCGGCUGGCAAAGUAGCUUUUAGCUGUUCUGGUGGGCGUGCGUUUACACAACUCGGGGCUUGAUUUCUUGGCACUAUAGAACGUGGUGUACAUAUUAGUGUUUUAAGUUAAAGAUUUAUUUUUUUCUGUGAGAAAGGACAAGGAACUACAUUCCGAGAGGCAGCGGCAGCGUUUGUUGAUCGACGAAGAUAGACCGAAUGAAACUAUCGUACAUUGCCAGAAAGCAAGGCAAGCAGACAGAGAUAGUUAAAAUUGUAGCGGAAGCGGUUCGUUAACUACCUAGGACAAGAAUGUGCAAGAGAAGCAAAGUGCAAUUUAUUUUUCUUUCCAAUCAUACCGGUGUAUUCUAUUACUUUUAAUAUGUAAACUUUCGGUUAGAGUUUAGAUUCUAUUCAAACUUUUACAGUCGAAAAUAGCCUCUACAUGUGUAAUCAACUUAGUUACCAGAUGAUAUGCGGAUGAUCGACAGCAUCUACAUGUAUUCUAUUACUGUCUUGGUGUUUUUUUAUGCUUUAUAACCGUUCUUUGUGAUUUCUGUUGUACCUUCGUAUUUUCCGGUGUUUGAGGAUGAAAAUUCCAAAUUUAUCGGUAGGCAUUUAUACAAAACUAUAACUAUACUACUACCUACACUGCUAUUAAAUUGUUCGAAAUGGUAGAUAUAUUUA